AUCUCUACUUCAAAAAUCAGCCACACUACACAACUUUUCCUUCAAAACCCUAGGUUAUUUCUUCUUCGCCGUCGAUCGGAAAUCGAGAGUUCUGAGUUUCCCAGAUUUUUAACAUUUUAUGUAUCGAGAGUUCUGAGUUCUGUAGAUUUUCUGUAAAUGAAGGUCAUGAUCAGCUUAAUCGGGGCAACAACAAAAACACGAAUGGCUUACAGACAUUUUUUAUGGAAAUUCCGAGGUGGAAGAAGAACAUCAGUAGUGUCAAGCAUUCCAGAAGAGAUACAAAAUGACAUCCUCUUAAGAUUACCCGUGAAAUCCCUAUUAGCUUGUAAGUGUGCUUGCAAGAACUGGUAUGCCCUAAUUUCAACCUCUGAUUUCAUUAAUUCCCAUGUUACUAUUCAGAAAAAUAACCCUAUUCUCAUGCUUAAAGAUGACAGUAUUCACCUUUACUCCAUAGGUUUUGAUUCAUUACCAUCAUCAUCCUCAUCCGUCUGUGAAAUUAAAGAUAAUGUUAUUAUAAUGGAUCACCCACUCAAAUAUGUUGGUUUCCUAACAGAAUGUUCUUCACGUAGUUGUAUUGGAUUCCUGGGCUCAAGUAAUGGUCUAAUUUGCAUAUGGUUGCUUUGUUUUUGUUAUCAACCAAUUGGAUUUAGGGAAUCGUUCUGUCUUUGGAACCCAGCCACAAGAGAAUAUAAAGAAUUACCCGAAUCACCAAUUGGACUUAAUAGAGGCAAUGUUUGCAUGCAUGGCUUUGGUUAUGAUCACAAGACUGAUGAUUACAAGUUGGCAAUAGGUGUAGAAGCUCCUGGAAGCAAGGAUACUACUCUAGUCCAAGUCUAUACUUUAGCAUCAAGUUUAUGGAAAACUGAGAAAACCAUUCCUUAUCGGCUUCUUUGUAUGCAUAUGUCUGGGGUACUUGUUAAUGGAAACCUUCAUUGGUUAGCGCUUGGUCAAUACAACUUUUUAUUACUCUCUUUGGAUAUCAGUGAUGAGAAUUUCAAAGAAAUGCAACUACCAAGAGAAAUCCCGGAGUUGAAUAAGGAUAUGUGUCUAGGUGUGCUGCAAGGGUGCCUUUGCUUACUUGUCAGCUCAGAUGUUAAUGGUGUUAAGAAUUAUUCUGAAGUAUGGGAGAUGCUGGAUUAUGGAGUUCGGGAAUCUUGGACUAAGCGUCAUGUCAUCGCCCAUGAGAGUAUUAUCAAUAAACAAAAGUAUUUUAGGCUUGUGCAGUCUUUUAAGAACGACGAGUUUCUACUCUUGAGUGAUGAUAUUCUGGUUUUGUAUGACCCAAAACAUGGAAGUGCUAGAGAACUAAAAAUCGACAAUGUUCCAUUCAGGAACGCCGAGACUUAUUUUGAAAGCUUAGUUUCUUUGAACUCGGGUACUUACGAGGUGGGAGGAUAUGAGAGUUUGACUGACGUAUUAGCCCGAGUAAGAAACAAUAGAAAAAGGAGAAGACUCAUGUUUUUGAUUUAUGUAUUGGUAUUAAGCUGUGUAGUUUAUUUUUGUAUGUAGUUAAUUUUAACUGAAUUAUAUAAGUACUCAUGCUUGAUGCAGCUGUUGUUUAAUGCUACUACCCGUGUUAGUUAUGUAAGAGGAAGAUCUACUUUGAAUAUUCAGUUUAUUUAUGUGUCUAGGGAAUAUGCAUUUUGUCAAUCUUUCUCUUUUUGAAGAGUCCCUUCUUUCCAAUUAAUGAAUACAGUGAUGGCCGCUCUUCUUUUUCUUGAACGACUAAUGUGUGAGACAUUGGUUUUCUUUUUCACAUGUAAAAUAAUUGAAAUAAACUGAAUAUAAGUCAAUUCUGCUGCAUAUUAUCACAUAUGCUUCGAGUUAUCGAUCCACUUGAGACUGUAAGCAUAUUAUCACAUAUGCUUCGAGUUAUCGAUCCACUUGAUACUGUAAGCAAACGUUGUACAUAGUUUGAUAUGGAUGUUGACAAAGCAUUUAUAAUGUGCUUCUGCCUGGGUAACAUAUUCCUAUAGUUUUUUGUUUGCUGUUUUUGUUACUGCAGUCAUCUCUGAAACAUUCACUACACAUCGGCUCGAAGCUCUGCUGGUGCAGUUGCUCACAUGCCCUUGAUCCAAUUUCUCGUGCCCCAAAUCAUGAAUCUCAGGGAGCAGCUUAAGGAUUCCUGGAAGGUUAGCUUCAGGGUUCAGUAUCCCCACAACUCUGAAAACAUUUCAAGAGAGGACCGCAGGGAAUUUAAGCAAACUAGAUAUGCCUGUCGGAUGUCUUGAUAGAUGCAGCAUCAGUCCUAGGUGGUGAAGUGACACUAAAAAUUCUUCUCAUGAAGCUUGUUGAGGCGAGGAGUCUAUUUCCUUAAUGAAUUAAAUUUAUGCAGUCCUGAAAUAGAUUCUAUAAAAACUUUCAAUUUCCUACUGUUUGAA